UGCAGCAAACAGCAACCAACCUCAUCAACUAAUCCACUACAAUGUCUUCUUCUUCAGUUACACUCUUCUUCUUCUUCUUUGCUUCCACAUUCCUCUACACUUCAUCAAACUCAUUCAACAUCACAAACAUCUUAAACCAAAACAAUGAGUUCUCCAUUUUCAACAACCUUCUCUCCCAAACCGGACUCGCUUCCACCAUCAACUCCCGUCAAACCAUAACCGUCCUCGCGCUUUCCAACGACGCAAUGUCCUUCUUCUCAACCAUCCAAUCAAUCGAAGAGAACAAGAUACGCCUCAGCCUCCACGUUGUUCUAGACUACUACGACAUCAAAAAAUUCAGGAGCAUGAACAAAAAAUCAGUAAUACUCACCACUCUGUUCCAAUCAACUGGUCAAGCUAAAGGCCUACAAGGGUUCAUAAACACAACCAUUAUGAACAACGGCGACGUCAUGUUUGGAUCUGCGGUUCCUGGAUCUGGCAUUUACUCUAAGCUUAUAGACUCUGUCGCCACACAUCCAUAUAACAUCUCGGUGCUUCAUAUUAGUAGCUCCAUAAGUUUAAUGAAUCCUGAUGGUCCUUCUUUUAGUGGUUCAUCAUCUACACCACUUCCUCCACAACCUCCUAAUGAUGAUGAUUAUGAAUUUGACGAGCCACCAUCCCCACCUUCCUCUACUACUAAGCCCGUUGUUGCUGAUGCUACUGCCGCUACUGCUAAGCCACCUUCUGCUGCUACCGCUAAGCCACCUUCUGCUGCAAAAGCCAACUCAACAAGUGGGGUUUCAGCGAUUAGUACUCCUAACUUUGCGUCUGCGUUCGUGGUCUCAUCAUUUUGGUUGUUCAUGACGGUCUGGUGAUGUGAUGGUUAAGACUUGACGGCGAUGAAUAACAGAAUGCAAGAAUCAAAAAUAUCAGAUCAGCUUUUUGAGAGCCAGAAAAAAAAGAGGAGAUUGGAAACAAAGCUUUUUCACCCAAAACACAAAGAACACUUCAAGCUUCAGAAGUUCUAUGGAAUAAGGCAACAAUAUCUCUAGAAGAAAUAAAGUGAUUGAUGAUUCAAUAAGGAUAGAGGAAGUUGUAAAACUCAAAAGUUCUUUAUUUAUUUGGAUGCUUGGAUAAGUUGUAAGAGAUUUCAAUUGGAAGCCAAUAAAGAAAACACAAACUUGCAAGGCUUUUCUUACUACAAAUGAUUCAUUGUUGUUUGGUUGCAUUAUCCGAAACAAUUUUUUUAAAAUCGAUUUAAAUCAUCAUAAAUCAAUUUAAACUGUUUAAAAUCAGUUUAAUUCGACCUAAACUAGUUUUAAUCUGUUAAAUUAAAUAAUAAUACUACAAUAAAUCUCAAAUUUGUCUAUUUUGGUUUCAUAUAUCUAAUUUUGAUAAUUCAUCAAAAAUAAUUUUAUAACAAGAACCAAAACUUAAAAUAUCUUAUAUAAUAAUAUAAAUAUUUAAUACACAAAAUAAAUUAAUAAUUUGUUAACGCUCAGGCGACAUCAUAAUUAAUAUAGUUGCUAGUCUUUCUAUCUGUCUACCAAUCUUUUUAAUAUUGAUUACAUGUAUAAUCAAAGAAACAAAGGAAUGCAACACUAGAUUAAAGAUGUUUAUUACUUUAAGCUAUGAAAAGGCAAAAGCACCACAAGAACAUGAAGCACAUUUGACAUCCAUGUCUAUCCCCAAAACCAGACAACAAAGUCUUCAAAGACAAGGAAACAAAACUCAGGCGCUAUACAUGCAUAGUGGCUUUGAUUAAAGGGAAACCAAAAAC